ACCAAGCUUUCCCCGCAGCCACGCAAUAUCCCUCUAUACUCGGAAUACCGCCUCCAGAGUCUUCAAAAUGGCGGGAUUCGGCCCCCACAACCCUCCAGCCAUCCACAUGGACCCGGCCCUCGUCAAAUGGAACCAGAUGACCGUGAACCGACACAAGUACUUCCGCUGGACGCCCCGGACUGCUUGGAUCACGUUUGCAUACGUCAUCGUCGUGCCGGCUAUGCUGGGUACUGCUGGAUAUAUGACUGAUGGCAAGUGGGACAUGCGCGGCAAGAGACGCGGCGACUUGAUCUCUGAGUUUUAAAUAAAGGAUUAGGUCGCGGGACGCGAUACGGAUUGCGUGUACAUGUAUCAAAUGCAAUUCUGCUAGGAUUAUAAAGUUUUGACAGCUUCGCUUGAAUGUCGGGUUCGUGAUUAUCUGAGUGGAUAACGCAUCACACGUGGGCACCCAUAGGUCUUCUCGGGGCGAUUCUCGCAAAGAAGUACUGCCAUUGAGACCGAAGAGACACUAUAUAUAAGCGUAUGAGUGUAAUCAGGAUGUUGGGCCUCUGGCCAUGCCCAGGCCCAGUCAUUCGAUACCCCCAAAGAUAAACCGGUUAG